AUGGAAAUCAGGAGGUGGAAGGACAUCAAGAACCUAGGUAGCAUGAACCAGGACCCAAUCUUCAAGCAGUACAGCUUGCCUCCCAAUGAGGUCGGGUACCCGGGUGGGAUCUUCAACCCCCUCAACUUUGCGCCCACUCAGGAAGCCAAGGAGAAGGAGCUUGCCAAAGAGAGAUUGGCUACGUUGUCGUUCCUGGGAUCAGUGAUCCAACACAAUGUGACAAGAAAGGGGCCAUUUGAGAACCUAUUGAAGCACUUGUCUGAUCCCUGUCACAACACCAUUGUACAGCCAUUGAAUGGAAACUAG